GCGCCCGCAGCGCUACGACACAGUUGAGUCCAUGCUUUCAGACUAUGACAUCCUCUCUCUGUCUAGCAUCCAGCAACACUCACUGAAGAAGAGAGACCUCCAGCCUGAGACACAUGUAGAGAGGCUCUUAAGUUUUUCAGCCCUGCAAAGGCACUUUAAAUUAUACUUAACUGCAACUGCUGAACACUUUUCAGAAAAAUUUCAAGCAUUAAUUGUGGAUGGUGAAGGCAAGGAAAAGGAGUAUCAUGUUCAAUGGCAAGACUUUUUCACUGGACAUGUUGUUGGAGAGCAUAAUUCCAAGGUCGUGGCACAUAUUGGGGAUGAAGAUUUUACAGUGCGAAUCAAUACUGAUGGAGAAGAAUACAAUAUCGAGCCACUAUGGAGAUUUGUAGAUGAUGUGGAAGAUGAAAGACUGCUGGUCUACAGAUCUGAAGAUAUCAAAGAUUUCUCAAGGUUGCAGUCCCCCAAAGUAUGUGGUUAUUUAAAGCUAAGUGAAGAUGAGCUCUUGCCAAAAGGACUGGAAGACAGGAGACAAAAUGAAGAAAGCACCCAUCGGAAGAAAAGAACAGUUCCAGAGGACUCCAAGAAUACAUGCAAGAUGUUGGUAGUGGCAGACCAUCGUUUCUUCAAGUACAUGGGCCGUGGGGAAGAGAGCACCACUAUAAAUUAUUUGAUUGAAUUGAUAGACAGAGUGGAUGACAUCUACCGAAACACUUCCUGGGAUGAUGGAACCUUCAAUGGGUACGGCAUACAGAUAGAGCAGAUCAUCAUCCACAAUGAGCCAAAUCUUGUAAAAUCUGGAGAAAAGCAUUAUAAUAUGGCAAGAAGUUACCCAGAUGAUAAGAAAGAUGCCUGGGAUGUGAAAAUGCUGCUAGAGCAAUUUAGCUUUGAUAUUGCAGAGAAAGCAGCUCAUGUGUGCCUUGCUCAUCUCUUCACGUAUCAGGAUUUUGACAUGGGAACACUUGGACUGGCUUAUGUUGGCUCUCCCAGACCUAACAGCCAUGGUGGCAUUUGUCCUAAAGCUUAUUACAGCCAAAUUGCAAAGAAGGAUAUCUAUCUGAACAGUGGCUUGACCAGCACCAAAAACUAUGGGAAGACCAUCCUCACAAAGGAGGCUGACCUGGUUACAACACAUGAACUUGGACAUAACUUUGGAGCGGAGCAUGAUCCUGACAGUCUGCCAGAGUGUGCCCCCACUGAAGACCAGGGUGGGAAAUAUGUCAUGUAUCCUAUUGCUGUCAGUGGGGAUCAUGAAAACAACAAGAUGUUCUCAAGCUGCAGCAAAAAAUCCAUCCAUAGGACCAUAGAGAUCAAGGCCCAGGAGUGCUUCAAAGAGCGCAACAACAAAGUGUGUGGGAACUCCAGAGUGGAUGAAGGGGAGGAAUGUGAUCCUGGCCUCUUGUACCAACUGGCUGAUCCCUGCUGCUCUGCAGACUGUAAACUGAAAGAUGGUGCCAAGUGCAGUGACCGGAACAGUCCUUGCUGUAAAGGCUGCCAGUUUGAAAGUGCACAAAAGAAAUGCCAGGAAGCCAUAAAUGCCACUUGUAAAGGAGAGUCUUUUUGCACUGGGAACAGCAGCGAGUGUCCCCCUCCGGGGAAUGCUCCGGAUGACACGGUGUGCGUGGACAUGGGGAAGUGCAAGGAUGGGGAGUGCGUCCCUUUCUGCGAGAGGGAGAAGAACCUGCGGUCAUGUGCAUGCAACGAAACAGAUAAUUCCUGCAAGGUGUGCUGCCGGGACGAGCAGGACAGGUGCACGCCAUACGUGGAUGCCAAUGACCAGUUCCUGUUCCUGCGCAAGGGGAAGCCUUGCACUGUGGGGUUCUGUGACACAAAUGGCAAAUGCGAGAAGCAAGUACAGGAUGUGAUUGAACGAUUUUGGGAUUUCAUAGACCAACUCAGCAUCAAUACUUUUGGGAAGUUCCUAGCAGAUAAUAUUGUGGGCUCUGUGCUUGUCUUCUCCUUACUGUUUUGGAUUCCUCUCAGCAUCCUUGUGCACUGUGUGGACAAGAAAUUGGACAAGCAGUAUGAGGAGAACACAAAAUCCCUGUUUUGCCCCAGUAACGUGGAGAUGCUCAGCAGCCUGGACUCUGCCUCCGUUCGCAUCAUCAAGCCGUUCCCCGCGGCGCAGGCCACGAGCCGGCACCAGCCGCUGCAGCCCCUGACGGCCGCGCCCGCCGCGCCCGCGCCACCCAAGCAGGACCACCAAAGGAUGGACACCAUCCAGGAGGACCCGAGCACCGACUCACACAUUGAUGAGGACGCCUUUGAGAAGGACCCUUUCCCAAACAGCAGCUCGGCCGCCAAAUCUUUCGAGGACUUGACAGACCAUCCUGUCAUUAGGAGUGAGAAAGCUUCAUCCUUCAAACUACAGCGCCAGAACCGAGUGGACAGCAAAGAAACAGAGUGCUAGUGUCCUGCUGCCUUCUAAAUGUACGACUCGUGUCUGCAAAAUAAGGAUCUGAAACCAUUUCAUUUCUAUAAAUAUAAAUGUAUGUACAUAUAUUUUUGUGAGGGAGCGGGAGAAUAAGGAAGUGACCUACUGCAGAUGCUGGUCAUGUGUAUGACCUUCCUUAAACUACAUUUAUUAGAGCAUUGUAUCUUUUAAAAAGGAAAAUCCAAACUAGAACUGGCUUGUUUUUGAAGCUUUUUGGAUUUGUUUUUCUAUUUCCUUGACCUUUAACAUUUCCUUCAACCUGUGGUGCAAAACCGAAUAUCCUGAUGGAUAUUGGAUUGUGUAUAUCAGCCUUUUUUUAUAUUUUAAUAUUUUGUAGUCUGACAGCACUGAUAGACAAAAUUAAGGGGCUUUUAAAACCAAAAUGAACACUGCAGUAUGUUCCAUAAUAGAGUAUAUAAUUUAGCAUUUUAAGGUACGUGUAACCAAAAGCCUGAGCAAAUGCCUUGAGAACAGAGAGUAAUGAAACAGGUAAAAAUACAGUGAAAUGCAUCAUCAGAAUAAAGAUACUUGAGAUGCCCAGUUUCCAUAUAGAUAAAAGAAUCACAGAGGCUGUUAAACCAUAUAUGGUGCAUGAGAAAUGCUCCUCUAGCAUGAAACUCUUCUGCCUCAGUUGUGAGGCCGUCUUGUCUUGGUGUCUUUUGUUGGGAGCUUCCCGCUCUGCACGAAGGUUUGUGUGUUGAAGGUGUCUGGUUGGAGAAAGAAGUGUAAAGGAAGAAAUCAGUUAUGCAGAUGACAUUUUAAACUGUUGUUUACAGCAGUUUUGGUGCAGAAAUGUUUCUCCAAAUUUUAAAAUAGGCAACACUAUUGUUGAAAUGUUGAAAUUGCUGAGCUCAGAUUUCCAUGGUCUCUGUGGCCUUUGGAGGCUCCUACUGCAUGAAUGAUGAGAAAACAUCAUGCCAUUGCAGGGGAGGCAUUUGUUUAAAAACAGUUGUGAACUUAGUAAAGAAAUAAACCUUUGUUAAAACUUGCAGGGUAAGUAUAAGGAGGAGAUUUUGUGAAUACAGAUUCUCACACGUGUAGUAAAAUGUGAUGUUAAAA